GUGGAUCAGAGCAAAGGAGUGAGUGGCUCUGCAAGGGUUGCUGGGACUUUCGAAUUUGUUCGCUGGUUAAAGGGAGGAGGACCAAAGCGCCGAUCAUGAACCUCGAGGAAGUUGGUUCUCAGCUUCGUCAAGUUCUGGAAAAGGAAGAGUUGUUGGCCCUUGCUGCUGGAAUAAAGGACAACUACCCCUAUUGCAUAGAAAUGUACAACACUUUGCUACUGACUGCCAGGGGACUGAACGCUUGCUUCCAGUACGAGAUCUACAUACCGAGGAAUUACCUGGAGUCACAUAUCAUCAUUUCGAGGUCAUUGAUUGAAAAGAAGAACAUGAGCAUAUAUUGCAGAGAGGAAGAUGUUCCUCUGCUCAUCAGAGUAAUGAAGGGCAGUCGUUUCUUGGAUAUAGUUAAGGAACUACCAGUCAAUGUCUUUUUCAUAUCAAGCUAACAAUUAGAUGCAGUAUUUGAGACACUUCAGAUAAUACUUGAGAGGCGCGUCCAGAAAGAUCAGUAUUUAUGUAACGCCUAUGAAACUCGACAAAAAAGUCCUCUGAGGUAAGCCCUUCGUGGGAUGACUCAACUCUCCCUUUUAAUUUUGUUAUUUCAAAGUAGUUUAACAAGACAACGGAAUCACAUUACUAGACUGAACAAUUUCGUUAACAGUGAUCAGUGCAAAGAUAUAAUUAACGUUAGAGAAAUGGGCAGAUAAUGUUAAAUUGCAAUUUUAGAAUUAGUCAAAUAAUAAAAAGUAUAUGUUGGAGCAACUGUGGUGAAGGAAUCUUCAAGGAACUUUUAGUGCCACUGUUCCUAACAAAUAGUAUUUUUUGAGACCACUAUUACUCACUUAACAGUAACGACAAAUGAGGAAUUUUAGGGAGACAGAAUAAACUGUUCAACAUGUGUUGUGUGGUCAAAAUGACAACGUUUAAUUAAAAGGAGAGAAUUCCUAACUUGGAAAUGUGACCUACCUUCGAUGUUCCCAUUGCCUUUCCUCUCUGUAUAGCUGAAAUCAAUCAUUAAAUCUUAGGCUAAUUCAGAUUCUUGAGAUACGAAAAAUAGUCUUUAUUUUCCCCAAAAUAGCUUAUAUGAAAAUGAAAUCAUAUGAAUCUAAAAUCCCAAACCAUGAGAUGCCAAUACUGUUAGGCAUAAUCAUAUUGAAUAGCACUAUCACUACUUAUUCUCACUGUCAAAUAACCCCCAACAGUCUUUCUCAAAUACAUGUCUAGAGAAUUCAUUUUAGAUAGUGA